GAGGAGCGUACGCUGCUCUGCAGAAAGAAUUAAAGUAAAGACAAGACAAAAUGACAAGAAUUCAUUAUUUCAUGGAGUGUCGUCUUUAACCGCAUAUAAAGUGGAUACAAAACAACAGUUUUCUGCUUUGGAAAUUUUAUACUGUUAAGCAGGGCGUAAUUGCCUGCUUAUCGAUGCAAAUGAUGAUAAUUUAAAUAAAAUUCUUUGAAAACACAGCUUAAAACAUGCUGAGAUCUCGGGAUAUAAAUAAUAAAAAUCGCUUCAAAAGAGAAGAUAAAGUGCAACUUAUAGCUGCAGUUAAGGUUAGACGACUACUAUGGGAUAUGAGAGAUAAUGAGCACAAUGAUCUUAUAAGUAUUAAAGCGGCUUGGAAAUCGGUUGCAGCUGAUCUGGGCAGAGAACCACAAGAAUGCAAAGUCGCUUGGCGUUCGCUACGUCAGAGCUAUCGUUACCAUUGUAAAACAGCGCAUACCCGCAUACAGUUGGAUGAUGGGGGUGAGGGCGAAGCUGAUCCAUUAGAAACCCCAGACAUUCAAUGGGAGUUUGCCGAGGAUAUGUCGUUCUUGCAAGAUUUGUUAAAGAACAGAGACCAGAGUUUGGAAUCAGCACAAUUGGAUGACAGCUCUUCUGGCAACAAUACACUAGAAGAAUAUACAGAUAUGGAAUACUUGGAUAGCGCUUACAUUAAUAAUUGUGAUGAUGAUGUCGACGUCGAAGACAUAACUGUUACCAUUGAUGAUGAAGCCCCGAUAGAUCAUCAAGAUGUACUAUGUAGAACAUGUGCGCAGCCGAUAAAUUCUCUGACCUGUCAGAAUCUGUUUAACCCAGAAAAUCAUAAACUUUUGUGCGAAAUUAAAGCACUAACAGAACUCAGCUUGAAACAAGAAGAGGGCCUAUCAGAUUUUAUUUGCCAACGCUGUCAACAUAAUCUGCACAUAGCAACAGAAUUUCGCAGAGUUUGCAUUGAGUCGCAGACACACGUCCUGAUCAAAGUACAAAUAAAGGAGGAGACCACGGAAUCAGAAGUAAUAGCAUAUCCCGAGUUUAACAUUGUUGAGAGUGCGAGUGACACGGAGAUAGCCGUGGAAGAACAGCGACUGGAAAAUGUCGAAAUAUCGGAAGAUGAAAAUUAUUACGAGGAAAUCGAAGUACAACCGUUACAAUCUACAGCAUCACCUCCAUCGUCAUCCAACAUCAAAUUGCAAGAGGAGAGCAAAAAUCCCAAGUGCCAGUGUCAUCAGUGUGGAUUGACAUUUACCAGUCAGGACUUAUUAAAAAUGCACAUGCAUCAAAGUCAUGACAUGCAGCUUCAUACGCGAUUUGUGUGCAAACAUUGUGGGCAUGAUUUCAAAUACUCAGCACCCCUCGUUGAACAUCUGAAGAGUAUCGGGAUUAGUUUUGGAUACAAGUGCGAGGACUGCGGUCAAAAGUUUCACAGUAGGCAUUUCCUUAAGAAGCAUAAGAGACGAGUUCAUGGGCAGGCCGACGAACAUAUUUGUCAUAUGUGCGGUAAAAAUUUUACAACUGGAUUUAAUCUGAGGAACCAUAUUGUUCGACACUCUGGCAGCCGUCCUCAUAAGUGCAAAUUAUGCAGCGCCGCAUUUUCGACGACAGCCGAGCUAAACAAUCAUCAACGCACCCACGACAAUGUGCGUCCAUAUCCAUGUCGUUAUGCAUGCGGAAAAUCGUUUCGUCACUGCAGCAAUCGCAGCACUCAUGAGAGAGUACAUAUGGCUGGAAAUCUCCGCCCCUUCCAAUGCGACUACUGCGACAAAACGUUUGUGACCAAAGGGGAUUGCAGAGCGCAUCAAAUGGUUCAUACUAUGAGCCGUGAUUUUAGCUGUGACAUUUGUGAGCAAAGCUUUAAGUUGCAGAAGCAUUAUUUGCAGCACUUGAACACCAAAUCGCAUAAAAAAACCGAGGAUAAUGUAAAGUCUUUGAAGGAAAAAGAAUCUGUGGCUUAAAUGCAUUAAACAACUAUUUACGAAUUGCUAGAAGAAUAUGCAAUUUGAAGUCCUUAUUUCAAAUUAUUUUGAAAUCGAAUUAGCUAAUAUACCUAUAAUAUACUAAGGAAUAGUAAAUUGUUGAUAUUUUUCAUCAAAUCAUGCUUGAGCAGGUUUAAAUUAUUCUAAGCAGAAAUGUUUUUUUAUUUUAAUAGUCAAAUCCAGAAAGCAAACUACUUUUAGGAGCUCGUUAAACUGAAAUGAAAAUGAACUAUUUUUAUAAUGAA